CUCUGCCAAAGCGCCAAGUUGGCAGUAUUUUUUUUUUUUUAAAGAAGGGAAUGUACUUUUAAAUAAUUUCUUUUAGAUUUUUGUCAGAGGCCGCGCGCUGAAUCAAACGGCGAGCCCGAACCCGAUGUCAACGCCUGCUGACUGCUGCAUCUGCCUGGAUGAGUUCACCAGCCCAGCGUCCCUCCCCUGCGGACACCGCUUCUGCCUGGAGUGCAUAGGAGAGUACUGGAGGACCGGCGAGAGCUGCCAGUGCCCCCUCUGCAUGGCGGUCUUCCCCAAACGGCCGCAGCUAAAGACCGAGCGAACUGAAAACGAAGCCGAGCCGCUCAAAGCGGGAGAGGUCCCGUGUGACGUCUGUCCGGCUCGGCGGGCCGCGGUCCGGUCCUGCCUGGCGUGCCUGGCCUCGUACUGUUCCGCUCAUCUGGAGCCACAUUAUCAGAGGGAGGACCUCGGACGCCAUCUGCUGGUCAGUGUGGCGAAGAACCUGGAGGUCUCUGUGUGUCGGCUGCAUGGGAGGAAGUUGGACAAGUUCUGCCGGAGUGACCGAACCUGCAUUUGCGCCACCUGCGCCAAGACGGAGCACAGAUGCCACCAUGUUGUUUCCGUCAGCAAGGAAGCUGCUAAGAACAAGACUAAACUGAAGCGCAGACGACUGAAGCUUCAGCAAGAGAUCCAGGAGAAGCUGAGCGUGGCUGAGGACGCGGAGCGGACCGCGGGCCUCCAUGGAGGAGAACGUCCAGCAGAACUUUGGCCGCGAACCAGGAAGCUGGAGAUCAGCGAGCUGCAGGAGAGGAACGCGGAGCUGGAGCAGCUCUUACAGACCGAAGACGACCUCCACUUUCUGCAGCAAUUCCUACACUCUGACCUCAUUAACUCUUCGGCUUUCCGUGGAACGGGCUUCAUAAAGAGCAACUCACAGGACUGUAUGCCUCCAGGCAACACCCAGCAGCAUGUGGGAGCAGAGGGAACAGGGCGGACACUGCUAACGGCUCAGCAACCUGAAGACAUGACUGCCACGGCCAAGUUCGUCAAAGAUGACUGCUUUCUGGAAAAACACCUAACAUGCCCCAUCUGCAUGGAAACAUUUAACGAUCCUGUGACCACAUCUUGCGGUCACUCAUUCUGCAUGAGGUGCCUGGAGCUCAGCAUCUCCUCAUUUCAGGUUGAUGAUGCUUGUCCUCUUUGCAAAAAGCAUCUGAGGAAAGCCCCUAAGGUGAAUAAUGUCCUGAGAGACAUUGUCGAAGAGGUGAAAAACACAUUGAGUCAGACGUUUACUGGGGCCGCCGGCGAGGUGCCCUGUGAUGCCUGCACGGUGCCCAAGAAGAAGGCUGAAAAGUCCUGCCUCGUGUGCCUGGCUUCAUAUUGUUCAACUCACUUGGAGAAUCAUUAUUCAGCUAAAAGACUGAAGGGCCACAAACUGGUGGAACCUGUGGAGAACCUGGAUACAAGGGCCUGCCCCACUCAUGGAUGCCCACUCGAGCUUUACUGCAGGAAGCGGCAAACAUGCGUUUGCGCUCAGUGUUUGGAUGGAGGCCACUGGGAAGUUGUCUCUGCUGAAGAGGAAUGGCAAAAGAAGAAGGAUCAAAUCGAGAACACCAAGGCGGAGUUACAAGAGAGAAUCAUGACAAGAAAAGCAAAGAUUGACGAGAUCGAUGAAGCUCUGAAGAGUUGUAAGGAGCAUGUUGGGAAAGAGUGGUGGGAUAUUGAAGCUCUGUUCACAGCUGUGCUUGACGUUGUGAAGGCAGCUAAGGCAGAGGCACUAAACCCACUUGAAGACAAGCUGUGGUUAUUAAAUAAGGAGUCAAAAAACCUCAAAGAUGAGUUGGAAGAUGAAAUCAACAAACUCGAGACAACAAUCUCAAAGCUAGACGACAUAUCGGUCCUUGAAGAUCAUAUCCUGUUCCUACAGAGGUACCCAUCUCUUUCAGUCCAGGAUGUCAUGAAAGACUGGACGUACAUUGAACUUGACACCACUCUGUCUUUUGGCUCCAUGAGAGAAACCGCGACAACAAUGAUUGAAAAUGUUCAGCAGCAGCUGGAGAAGCUGGCCACCAUUGAACUUACGAGAUUCCCAAAGUUUGAAGUGAACGUGAGGCUGGACCCAGAUACCGCACACAGGCGCCUGGUUUUCUCUGAUGAUGGCAGCAAAGUGAAAGACGGAGGAGAAAACCAGGAAGUGGCAGACUCUCCGAAGAGAUAUGAUGUGCUUGGCAGCGUCCUGGGACUCGACGCCUUGGCAACUGGGAAGUCGUACUGGGAGGUGGAGGUUGGCAACACAACCGGGUGGGAUCUAGGUGUAGCCAGAGGCAGCGCCAACCGCAGGGGACGACCAGCUUUAAACCCAGAUAACGGCUACUGGGUUCUGGUACAUUUUGAAGAGUGUGACGUACCUGAGCCAUUUACAGCGUACGCAGUCAUGACAGCUCCACCUGUUUCACUUUCUUUUAAAGACAAACCAAAGAAGAUUGGGGUGUUUGUGGACUAUGAAGAAGGCAUUGUGUCCUUCUACGACGCGACUGCCCGGUCUCAUAUCUACACGUUCUCCAAGUGCUCAUUCCAGGACGAGCUUCAUCCGUAUUUCAGUCUGCAUAUGAAAUAUGAGAUCAACUUUGAGCCUUUGAUUAUUUCAAAAAUAAAGCAAUGAAUUAGGAAUGGAAGUAUUUGGUCUUCCAUAUUUGCUCAGUCAGAGUAUGCAGACCUAAUUUUGAGCGGUAGAAGAGAAGUAUUCAAUGAUUUGAUGCAUCAGAGAAGAUCAUUUUAAAAAGCUUAAAAAUCAAGCUAACAAAACUGUUUUUAUUUCUAGUUACCGUAGCUUUACGAGGAAGAGUCGUCAUUUGGAAACAAUUUAAUUCCAGGAAAUUCGUUUGAGUAAAUCUGUGUGUGAAUAGACGAAAGAGAGUUGCAAACUAGGGUCAAGGGUCAAGGUAUCUUUUCUAUCCCUAACAGGCAAUUAGUUUUACGACAUGGUGAGACUUUUAGGAUUAGAGAAAUAAGGAAAGAAGUGUAUAAAUGCAGUCUUUUUUUGAACGUAAUAUUGUUUAUCAGUUUGACAGAUUUUUGGUAAUGUUUGCAUAAUCAUGCUGAAUGUUUUAUUUCAUUUGCCGCAAUUUGACGUCUUUGCUUCCUUGACACCUUGAUAGACAAAGCAACAGGAACUUUGGUUUUUCUAUCAUUAAAAUAAAAACUGUUUUGAAUUCUUGAAAUACUUUUUCUCCAAGUUUGUGACAUAAAAACAUGGUUAAAAAAAACUAUAUAUUUU